UCUGACUUGGAUACAAUGGGAAACUUCAGUGGGGAAAUGCCAGCUCCUGAGCAGAGCCCAGUGAUGGAGGAUGGGCUUCUGCUGACCACUCGACAAGGUUCUGCCGGCCACAACAUGGAAACUGACAACACUGCCAACAACAUCCUGGCCUCCGUCAAAGAACAGGAGCUCCAGUUCGAGCGGCUAACCAGGGAGCUGGAAGUAGAGAGACAGAUUGUGGCCAAUCAGCUGGAAAGAUGCAGACUUGGGGCUGAAUCACCAGGGGCUGGUAGCAGCAGCUCAUCUGAGAAGUCCCUGCCUUGGAGAACUGCAGAUGCUUCCACCUCAGGGGACACGAAGUCUCGGAUGACUGACAGCACACAUUCGCCCAGCUACCGCAUCAGGACUGAGUCAGAGCAGGUGUCACUGUACUCCCCAGAGCAGUCCUCGCCCUAUGAAAGGUCUGCAUUGAAUUCACGGGGCUCAACUCAGUUAAACUCCUAUUCGGAUAGUGGCUACCAGGAUGCCAGCAGCGGCUACCUCAACAGUCAAAACCUGGGCAAGACAGAGCUGAGAAUGCAGCACUCCUUCCCUGGCACGGGCACUGGCACUCUGGUGAGAAAUGCCAGGGCAGAGGGACAGGCUUCAGCCCAGGUUCCAACAGGCACAGCAGCAGUGCCUGGCCGUGCUGUGCGGAGGGUAAGCUCAGUGCCUUCUCGUUCUCACUCACCAGCCUACACGACCAGUAUGUCCCCCUCCCGCGGCUCCCUGCGUGCUGCGGUUGGCAGCACAUACGGCUCCCCUAUUGUAACGGAACCAAAACCACUCUCCAGCGUCUUCUCUACCACCUUGCCCUCUCCCCAGCGCACCAGCACCACCGGUGAUGGUGGGAGUGGCUCACCUUACUCCACCCAAAAAGACUCCCCUGCAGUCCUUCGACGGAUGGGUUCCGCCAACUCUCGUGUGGGCAACACCAGCCGUACCACCUCACCAUACCAGGGCUCUGCGGGGUCAUCGUCGGGCCGUAUGGGCUCGCCUUUGACCAUAGUGGACAGUGUCAACCCUCCGCUGACCAAGCAGCCCACUCACUCAUCCCCUCCGCUCAGGGCUAGCAUGACGGCCGUGCCCCAACACUUUAGCUCCACUCUCCCACGUUCUGUACAACAAAACACUGACCUGUAUGGAACCCAGAGUUACGACAUCUAUGAGAGGAUGACACGACCCGACAACCUCACAGAUGCCCUGGUUGAUGAUGACAUUCAAGGACUACGGAGCUCUUAUGCCAGUCAGCAUAGCCAAAUGGGCCAGGACUUAAGGUCAGCAGUCUCCCCAGACCGCCACAUCGCUCCAAUCUAUGAGGAUCGUACGUUCCAGGGUCCACUGUACCGCAGUCCCAACCACGUCACGCAGGGGACACUCUACAGGAGCACCUCAGGCGUGGGAAGUCUCCAGAGGACGUCCAGCCAGCGCAGUGCUAUGACCUACCAAAGAAACAACUACGCUCUCAAUACUACCGGCACCUACGCUGAUCCGUAUCGCACCACCCAGUACCGGGGCUCCGAUGCCUGUUACACUCGCCACGGUGUUGUCAUGGAUGAUCCUACGCGAUCACCCUCCGUAGACAGCAUACAGAAGGAUCCCAGGGAGUUUGCGUGGCGUGACCCAGAGCUCACAGAGGUGAUUCAUAUGCUUCAACACCACUUUCCCUCAGUGCAAGCCAACGCAGCUGCCUACCUGCAGCACCUGUGCUUUGGAGAUAACAGAGUCAAGACUGAGGUGUGCCGACUCGGAGGAAUUAAACACCUGGUGGACCUACUGGACCACAAGGUCCUUGAAGUUCAAAGGAACGCUUGUGGAGCUCUGAGGAACUUGGUCUAUGGCAAAGCUAUGGACGACAACAAGAUUGCUGUGAGAAAUGCAGGAGGCAUCCCAGCUCUGCUUCGCCUGCUGAGAAAAACUGUUGAUGUAGAAGUGCGUGAACUUGUCACAGGGGUGCUGUGGAACCUGUCGUCAUGUGACACUGUCAAGAUGACAAUCAUCCGGGACGCCUUAACGACUGUGACCAACACUGUGAUCAUCCCUCACUCAGGAUGGAGCAGUUCUACCUUUGACGAUGACCACAAGCUGAAGUUCCACUCCUCUCUGGUGCUGAGGAACACCACAGGCUGUUUGAGGAACCUGAGCUCUGCUGGGGAGGAGGCCAGAAAACAGAUGCGUGCUUGUGAAGGUCUGGUUGACUCAUUACUCUACGUCAUCAAAGCCUGUGUGAACACCUCUGAUUUUGACAGCAAGAUUGUGGAGAACUGCGUUUGCACUCUGAGGAACCUGUCUUAUCGUCUGGAGUUAGAGAUGCCACCAUCCAAGCUGAUGGGAGGUGACGAGCUGGAUGGUUUACUGGGCAGUGAGUCACCCAGUAAAGAGGUGGAGUCCAGCUGCUGGGGUAGGAAGAAGAAGAAGAAGAAAAAAAGCACACAGGAAGACUCGUGGGACGGUGUGGGACCCAUCCCCGGCUUCUCCAAGUCUCCCAAGGGUGCAGAGAUGCUGUGGCACCCUUCAGUGGUGAAACCUUACUUGACUUUGCUCGCUGAGAGCUCAAAUCCUGCAACUUUGGAGGGUGCUGCUGGAUCCCUGCAAAAUCUGUCAGCGGGCAACUGGAAGUUUGCAGCAUACAUCCGUGCAGCGGUGCGGAAGGAGAAGGGACUGCCGAUCCUCGUGGAGCUGCUGCGAAUGGACAAUGACCGGGUGGUGUGUUCUGUUGCCACUGCUUUGAGAAACAUGGCGCUGGAUGUCAGGAACAAGGAGCUUAUAGGGAAGUACGCCAUGAGGGACCUGGUCAACCGCCUUCCCGGAGGAAACACCACCCUGCUGUCAGAUGAGACUGUGGCGGCCAUCUGCUGCACCCUGCACGAGGUCACCAGCAAAAACAUGGAGAACGCCAAGGCCUUGGCGGACACGGGCGGCAUCGAGAAGCUGGUCAACAUCACCAAGGGCAGAGGCGACAGGUACUCCAUAAAGGUUGUUAAGGCCGCUGCUCAGGUGCUGAACACACUGUGGCAGUACCGGGAUCUGCGCACGAUCUAUAAGAAAGAUGGAUGGAACCAAAACCAUUUUCUCACUCCGGUGUCAACACUCGAGCGGGACAGAUUUAAGUCCCAGCCCACCCUCCCGUCCAGCACCAUUCAGAUGUCGCCUGUAAACCACCCUGCUGGAAGUGCCACAUCAUCUCCCGCCGUGCUGGGCAUCAAAGAGCAUCGAGACACAAUCAGAGAUUAUCAGCAUGCACAUUCAACUAUGCAAUUUUAUAAUUACAAAGGGGACAACGGCAUCCAUAAAAACCAGUACACAGUGCCUGGAAAGUCUUCUCCCUAUUACUACUCAUCGCCCACAAGAGAGGAGCCCAGAAGAACACAGCAUAUGUACUACACAGAGGAUCUGGGCAGAAGGAACUACGACACGUACAGAAUGUACCUGCAACAUCCUCAUGGCUACGAUGACCCUUACUUGGAUGAUGUGAUCACGUACCCGCCCACAGUCAGCUACAGCUCGCAGCCUCACGGACUGAAAACCACCACCAACUACGUGGACUUUUACUCCACCACGCGAGGGCCUACCUACAGGGCAGAGCAGUACCCUGGCUCACCUGACUCCUGGGUGUAGGUCUUUGUACAUCACUUAAGAGUCACGAUGCUCCUGUGCUUCAGCCGUGAGCUCGCUGUAGGAGGGGCAUCGUCAUCCUGUAGUGGAGCCAAAGAAUCGUGGAGCAUUUUACAAACAAGAAGAGAUAUGAACUCUGAUGAACUUUUAUAAGUGUUUGUUUUAAGUGUGUGUGUGUGUGUGUGUGUGUGUGUGUGUGUGUGUGUGUGUGUGUGUGUGUGUGUGUGUGUGUGUGUGUGUGUGUGUGUGUGUGUGUGUGUGUGUUCAACUGAGCGACGCCAGAAGGAGAGAUGGAAUGUGUGCCAAAGAAGGAAAUCAAGGAAUGUUUUUAUUCCCCUAAAGGAAGAUGGAAUCAUGCUGGGGCUUUUGUUGAGGGACAAAUCUGGACAGCAUCGUGAGCGACACGUGUCCUGCUCUGGCUAGAUGUUAGAUUUAUUUUGUUUACGAAUCUUGUAGCUGUGAUAGCGUGGUGAAGGUGUGAGUCAUGUGAUGGAGGGUCCGCGGUAAGAGUCAAGACUGGGAACAUGCACGUGCCGAAGCCAGAAUGGAUCAUGAACUCAUAUCUGUUAAAAAAAAAUAAAUAAAAGUGAACUAAUGCUGUUAGAUUGUACAGAGGGAUUAAAUUGUAUCUGUACUUCAUGUCAGAGUUGUGUAUCUCAUGGAGUCUUGUAUAUUUCUUUGGUUUUAUUGUAAAUACAGAAAAAUGACCUGGUUUACACUCAUCAACCGUAGUUGGAAAAAAAACUUGUGCCAUGAAAAACCUAUAGAUAUAUAAAUAUAUGAAGAAAUUUAGAGUUGUGGAAAAAAUAUACCAUCAUAACACAACCAUGCAAAACAAUAAAAGGUCAGUUUUGUUUUUUAGAUGA